AUGGAGCCAUUUCAAAAUUCUAGGCAUAUUCAGAGAUACAAAAGAAGAUUGGGGAUGCACUACGUCAACUACAAUGUGAAUGGUCAAAUUUGGGUGUUUGUGAAGCAACACGUUCAUGUAGGAGUUAUAGCUGACUCGGAGCAACAGUUAACUUUACAACUCACUCUGGAAAAUGGGGAGCAACUUUUGGUAUCUGUUGUAUAUGCAAAAUGUUCUGCUAUUGAGAGACUUUCUCUCUGGGAUGAGAUAUUCACAAUAAGCCAAGAAUAUGUUGUCCCCUGGAUGAUCGGGGGUGAUUUUAAUGUGAUAUUGCGUGAAGAAGAAAAGAUUGGUGGUUUACCAGUAUAUCCCCAGGAGUAUGAAGAUUUUGCUGAAUGUUUAAAUGCAAGUGGUUUGGCUGAUAUUACUUUCUCAGGAAACCCUUUCACCUGGUGGAAUGGUAGGGUAGAUGGGGAAUGCAUUUUUAAGAGAUUGGAUAGGGUAGUGGUGAAUAAUUAUUUCUGGAUUCAUAUGGCAAUUCAUGGGUUUCUCAAGUUUUGGACUGAAAGAGAGGAUUUUAAAGAAGUGGUGGAGCAGAACUGGGUGGCUGAGAGUUCAGAUGAUAUUUUUGUACAGCUUAAGCAGAAACAGAAGAGGACCAAGAAGGCUUUAGCCAAGUGGACAAUUAGAGAAGAGAUUGUGAAAUUGAAGAAGCAACUAUUUCUUGACGAUCCAUCACCCGCUAAUAGAAGUAUUCUUCAGAAGGCUUAUGCAGAGCUGAAGGUUUAUUUACACUUUGAAGAAGUGUUCUGGAGACAAAAAGCUAGUGUGCAGUGGUUUGAGGAAGGGGACAGGAACACUAAAUUUUUUUCACAGUUUAGUGAGAGGAAGAAGAAAGAGGCUUACAUGAGGAGAAUAAUUAAAUCUGAUAGCUCAUGGGAUGAAUCAAAAAAUGCGAUUGCAGAAGAAGGGGAAAAUGAUAUAUUGACCAAGUUACCUGAUGAGGCUGAGAUCAAGAGGUUAGUAUUUGAGUUAAAUGCAGAAAGCUCUUGUGGACCAGAUGAUUUUUCUGGUUGUUUUUAUCAAAACUGUUGGGACACUGUUGGUUUAGAUGUGAUAAAAGUAGUUUCAGGCUUUCUUCAAAGGAGCUACUUUACCUAA